AUGUCAGGUGUUGACGACAUAAAAGAUAAUGCACAAUUAUGCUUCACGUGGUCUUGCGACCAGGCAACGUUGUCGCCGUUGUCGGUAAGACCGGCGGCCGUGUUUAUUUUGAGCAUAUUUUAUUAUUAUCCAUUAAUCUUAACACAAGAUGCAAAACCAGUUGUUUGCUUUUUAGCUGGAGAAAUGUGGAAUAGUCGGGGAACUGGUUAUGUAUUCAAUGUAAACGAAUUGCCAGAACCUUGUGAUAUAUUUAUAGUAGGUCAAUUUCCUAUGGACCUUGGUGAUGAUGUCGGUAUAAUUAAACAAGAUGAAAAUGCAAUGAUAAGCUUAAUAGAAUCUAAUAAAAUUGUUUACCUACGCAUUGGAUUCAAAUACCAGCAAGAUUGGUACUCAAUACUCUAUCCUGAAGAUGCAAAUCAAGUUAAGACUCAAAAAUUUGAUCUAAUAGUCAAUUUUUUAAAAAAACACAACAUUCGUGGUCUUUUUAUGUGGUUUCCAUUUUUAUUAGAUGGUGAUAUACCAAAUGUGUCACAAAAACUAAGUGAUUUUGUCACUUCGAUCAAAAAUGAAGUAGAUGGAUUAAAAGUUGGUAUAGAAUUUUAUGCAUUCGAUCAGAUUUCAAAUAAAACCCGUAUUGAUUUUACAUUGAUAAAUGAAGUAAUAGAUCAUUUUGUCAUUGAUCUUACAAACUUAAACGCUUGUGAUGAAAAUUCAAAAAAAUAUGGGUUGGAUCCAAUAUCUAGUGAAACUAUGUUAUCCAUAGAUACAAUUACAAAUAUUGUGACUAAAUCAACAGUGGAUCAAUCAAAAUUGUUUGCUAAGAUACAAGCAAGUGUUAUAAAACCAAGUGAUCUAGUUGAAAAAGGUGCUUUGACCAUCACAACGUAUUCAAAAUAUUGUGACGAUCAAGAGGAUACAUCUCGAUGGUGUGGGAACCCUUCAAAACUUUCAUAUGACCAAGGAGCUUAUGUAGCACAAUUCUACAGUGGAUUAUUUAUAGAAAAUCUGGAUGCAGAUGAUUUUCUGUGCAAAUGUGGUUGUAAAAAAUUUCCAGUAACAAAUUUAAUUAUUGAUGGAUGGAAAAAAUGUGAUUUUACAACGUGUCCUAAACUAGAUAAAAAAGCGAUUUAAUAAUGUAACUC